AUGACGAAGCACCAGCGAGCUGCAGCACACCAGGCCGUGUCACUCUCCCUCUCGCUCUCCCUCGGCGCCGUCGCCGGCCUCAACAAGAAGAUGCGCCGCGCUGCCGCCGCAGCCGGUGGGGAUCAGUUCGUGUGCAAGACGUGCGGCCGCUCGUUCCCGUCGUUCCAGGCGCUCGGCGGCCACCGGACCAGCCACCUCCGCGGCCGCCACGGGCUCGCGCUCGCCCUCACCACCGGCGAUCACUACUACUCCGUCAAGCCCAAGAGUACAGCCGAUCACAAGUCUCAGCACCGGUGCCACAUCUGCGGCCAAGGGUUCGAGACGGGGCAGGCGCUCGGCGGCCACAUGCGCCGGCACCGUGACGAGGCGGCGGAGGCGCCGCCCGUUCUGCUCGAGCUCUUUGUCUAG